AGUGGGGUAACGAUAAGAUUAUGCUUGUUAUACAGUUUCUGACUUUCUUUGAAUCAGUUUCAACCGGACCUUGCUGCCGAGUGUACCGAAAUGGCCACACAGAAGACGAUAACGUUACCUACCGGGCAAAAAAUGCCCAUCCUGGGUUUUGGAACUUGGCAGGCAACCGAAGCUGAAUUAGAAGCAGCAUUGGAUGAUGCCUUGGGUGCGGGAUAUCGACACAUAGAUACCGCUCCGGUCUAUCACAACGAACCUAUUAUUGGCAAGGUUCUGAAAAAAUGGAUAGACUCUGGCAAGGUGAAACGUGAGGAACUUUUCAUCGUUACAAAGGUACCUCCUACUGGGAACCGUCCUGGUGGUAUAGAAAAAUGGAUCAAGAAAUCUCUGAAGGACUUACAGUUGGAUUACUUAGAUCUGUAUUUAAUACAUACACCAUUUACUUUCGAAGAAGUUGGCGAUGAUUUGCAUCCAAUGAACGAGAAGGGAGAAAUUAGAAUAGAUCCUUCCACCGAUCACUUAAAAGUGUGGGCUGAAAUGGAGAAGCAAGUUGUCGCUGGUCGCACGAAGGCCAUAGGCCUCUCCAACUUCAAUAGUAAACAAAUCGACAGGAUCCAAUCGGUAGCCACGUUACCGAUAUCUAACUUGCAGAUUGAGUUGCACGUUUAUUUCCAACAAAAAGAAUUGGUGGAAUUCUGCAAAAGUAAAGGAAUCACGGUAACGGCCUAUUCGCCUCUGGGUUCGAGAGGAUUGGUGAAACUCUUAGGAAAAACGGACACACUUCCCGAUUUGCUGGUAAAUCCUGUGGUCUUGCAAUUAGCUAAAAAACAUGGAAAGACGCCAGCCCAAAUACUACUCAAGUUCACGAUUAACAGAGGAAUCGCUGCCAUCCCGAAAAGUACCAAUGCUCAGAGAAUUAAAGAAAAUAUUGAACUAUUCGAUUGGGACCUCAAGCCCGAAGAAAUUGACGAAUUGAAAGGCUUAGACCAGGGAGCGAAAGCUCGUAUCUGUGAUUUUAACUUUUUCAAAGGCAUUACAAAACACCCAGAGUUCCCUUUUAACUAACAAUUCUCGUUCUAUUCUGUAACAAACGUCGUAGUACAAACUAUCCAAUGCACGUUACUAAAUCUAUCGUAGGUUUACCAUUUCGCACGUAAAUUAUACCAAUCCCUUAGAAUUAUCUUUUAAGUAUCGCAUACACAUCAUUUACCUACAUAAGUGGCAAGACGUAUAGACAACGAUAACACGAAGAGUUUAAACAGUA